AUGGGCAAGCGCACCAAGAAGGCCCCAAAACAGAAGCGCAAACUUUCCAUGGCGGAUCGCCCGCGCAAGCUUACUAGCAAAGGCAAGGUAAAGCACAAGCGCGGGGACCUGACGAUGGUGAGCUGUCGCAACGUCAGCUUUGAGGUGAGGCAAGGCAAGGGAGGAAAGUGGAUCAAGACAGGGGAGCGCAAGUGCAACAUCCAUACCGUGUGCGACUGUGUCAAGCGAACGGACCCGGCGCGGAUGCGCUACAUUACAAACCGGUAA